AACUGGCUUCUUUUUCCAGAAAAAUAUUUCUCUUCUUAUUCCGGUUGCUCCCUGCUGUAAAUAAUAAAUGCCUCGUGAUCACUGUUGCCAGUAGAGAUAAUUAUUCAUUCUGAAAACUUUCUCCCCUUAUAACAUGCAAUUAUUUAUCAUUUGAAAACACUUAGACAAAUGUUAUAUCGGUCAAAAAUAUAGCUCUGGAUUCAUUUUGAUCAGAUGUUUGUUUUGAAGAAAACGUUUAGUUGAAACAGCUUAAUAAAAUUUUUCUAAAACACUCAAUUUUGGGUAAUUAAUUCUUGCAGCUUUAUUAACUAAAGUAUUCAACAUAUUCUAUUUGAGAAAAAUAAUAACAUACAGAAGUAUCCAAAGAUUCGGUGCUAUUCUCAACCAACAUAAUCAAUAUUCUCGUCCAUAUCACAAUUCGUGAUUUCAGGCUUUCUCAUUGUAUCAUCCAGUGAUUGUUAAAUGUACUCGUAUACUUUCCACAUUGACAAGACUUAAAAACAAAUUGAACUUAAAUCUUAUUGAAAUUAAUAAUUUUGAAAAGAUGAUCCGAAAAAUAAAAUAUCCAAUAUCAAGCUACACUGUUACCGACGAUACUGACAACACUUUUUCUACCACCCUGCAGUAAUAUUGAUUUCAACAACUUGUACUUGCUUAUGUCAAUUUCAACCAAUCACGAGCUAGUCCGAAAUUGGUCCUAAAAGUGGAUUAACAAUUGUCAGGUCCUGUCCUAGAGCAAAACGAUAGAAAUGUAUCCGUCGAAUUCUGCCUAAUGGAUUAUAAACUACGAAAAGCCGAUUUAGAGCGAAAAGCGAAAGUUUUCUGUAAAUGUACUAAAAUCAAUCAUACAAAGUGAAAUGGAGGUUUGCCUUGCACGAGAUGGGAUACUAGAAACGGAAGAAACAGAAAACAGUUCUGUAGCCUUUUCCUCAUCAUCCGCUCCAACAAUCGAUUCGCCAAUAAAACUCGAAUAUGAGAUUGGUGAUGAGGAAUUCACUCAGAAAAGUGAUCAUGAAGACGUCUUAGUACCGAAAGAGGAACAGAUUUACAGUUGCGAAAUUUGCGAGAAACAAUUUUCUUUCAAGAAUGCCCUGAAGAAGCAUAUGAUCGUUCAUACUGAAGACAAACCAUUUCAGUGUAAUGUGUGUGGCAAAGGAUUCCAGUAUUAUCAGAAAUUAAAGGACCACAGCAAUAUUCACACUGGUGAACGUCCCUACAGUUGCACUGUAUGCGAAAAAAAAUUUUCGUCUAAAAAGAUGCUUGGUCAACACAUGCAUAUUCACACAAGCCAGCUCUCGUACAAAUGCAUUGUAUGCGGGAAAGAAUUUGCCAUUAAGGCUUACUUAACUAGACACAUGUCUAUUCACCAAAGUUUGUUCAAAUAUAAAUGCGAAAUGUGUGGCAUAGGCUUUAAUGAUGCUGCUAACCUAACAAAACACAAACGCCUUCAUACGAACGAAAAGUAUAAAUGCACCAUUUGCGAGAAAGAUUUUUCCAAUAAGUAUUAUCUCAGCAGACACAUGAAAAUUCACGUGGAUGGCUUCGAGCAUAAGUGUGAUGUGUGUGGCAAAGGAUUCACCUCCAAAUCAGUUUUGAAAGACCACGAAAACAGUCACACAGGUGAACGGCCUUACAAAUGCACUGUCUGUGGAAAAGACUUUCAUCGUAAAACAAAACUUUCUAUACACAUGAAAUUUCACACAAGCGAGCAAUCGUACAAAUGCACCAUAUGUGGGAAGGAUUUCGCCUUCAUGGCUAAUCUAUCCCAACACAUGCUUAUUCACACGAAUGAUUAUAAGCAUGAGUGUGACGUGUGUGGCAAAGGAUUUGUGACCAGAGCACUCUUGGAAGAUCACAAACGCCUUCAUACAGGAGAACGACCGUAUAAAUGCACCGUAUGUGGAAAAGAUUUCAUCACUCGGUAUUUCCUAUCCAGACACAUGCUUCUUCACACGAAUGAUUAUAAGCAUAAGUGUUACAUUUGUGGCAAAGGAUUUAUGACCAAAAAACGCUUGCAAGAUCAUGAACGCCUUCAUACAGGAGAGCGACCGUAUAAAUGCACUGUCUGUGGAAAAGACUUCGCGACUAACUAUUACCUAUCCAGACACAGGUUUAUUCACGGAAGAGAUCAUAGGUACAAGUGUGAAGUGUGUGGCAAAGGCUUUCAUGAGAGUACUAACCUCGCGAGACACAUACACAUUCAUACUAACGACAUUCAUGUGAAUAGUAACGAGAAUAAGUAUGAAGUGCGCGGCGAAGGAUUCAACUCCAAAUCACUUUUGGAAGACCACGAAAAUAGUCACGCAGGUGAACGGCCUUAUAAAUGCACUGUAUGCGGAAAAGAUUUCGUCGUUAUGGCUUACCUGACAAAACACAUGCUUACUCACACGGAUGAUUACAAUCAUAAGUGUGACGUUUGCGGCAAAGGAUUUGUGACCAGAAAACGCUUGACAGAUCAUGAACGCCUUCAUACAGGAGAGAGACCGUUCAAAUGUACUGUAUGUGAAAAAGAUUUCUCGACUAAGGUUUACCUAACUAGACACAUGUCUAUUCACCAAAGUGAGUUCAAAUAUAAAUGCGAAGUGUGUGGCAAAGCCUGGAAUAAUUGUGCUAACCUAACGAAACACAAACGCAUUCAUACAAACGAGAAGUUUGAAUGCACUAUAUGCGAGAAAGAUUUUUCCAAUAAGUAUAAUCUCAGCGCACACAUGAAAAUCCACAUGGAUGAUUACGAGCAUAAGUGUGAUGUGUGCGGCAAAGGAUUCACCUGUAAAUCACUUUUAAAAGACCACGGACAUAGCCACACAGGUGAACGGCCUUACAAAUGCACCGUAUGUGGGAAAGAUUUCGCCGUAACGGCUUGCUUUACUAAACACAUGCUUACUCACACGGAUGAUUAUAAGCAUAAGUGUGACUUUUGUGGCAAAGGUUUUGUGACCAGGAAUCUUCUGAAAGAUCAUAAACGCUGUCAUACAGGAGAGCGACCGUACAAAUGCACUGUAUGUGGGAAAGCUUUCGCGUCUAAAACUUACCUAUCCAGACACAGGUCUAUUCACGAAAGGGAUUACAAGUACAGGUGUGAAGUGUGUGGUAAAGGCAUGAACGAUAGUUCUGGCUUCGCAAAACACAAAAGCCUUCAUACGAACGAGAAGUAAAUUUAUCAUAUGCGGAAGAGAUUUUAGCUCUAAGAUUGGCCAAGGAUUCACAAAAGCAAACAUUUAGAGGUAGUUUUGAAACUUAUAUUGAGAAAUCGUUUUGUUCAUUUUUCAAGAGCACUUAUUUUUAGACAAAUAAAUUUUGCCGCUCUAUCACCUAAGUUCGAUGUUUGGAU